AUGGCCCAUAACAAUAACGUGGUGAAUGCCCCCGCGCCGGGCAUCGGGUACUUCACGCCAGCGCAGAAUCCUCCGGCGGGUACCGCCCUCGACCCCCAGCCAGAUGGCAAGCCCAUCCCGAAGCUCUUCCAGCCGCUGAAGAUCCGCGGCGUCGAGUUCCAGAACCGCAUCUGGCUUUCUCCUCUUUGCCAGUACUCUGCUGAGGACGGCAAGGUGACUGCAUGGCAGCUCGCCCACUUGGGCGGCAUCUUCACCCGUGGCCCCGGUCUUUCCGUCGUCGAGGCGACCGCCGUCGUUCCUGAGGGUCGUAUCACCCCUCAGGACGCAGGCAUCUGGUCCGACGAGCACAUCGAGCCUUGGCGCAAGAUUGUUGAGUUUGCGCACUCGCAAGGCCAGAAGAUUGGCAUCCAGCUCGCCCAUGCUGGCCGUAAGGCUUCCACUGUCGCCCCUUGGCUCGACUUUCACCUAUCCGCGCCCGAGAUCGACGGCGGCUGGCCAAAUGACGUCUAUGGCCCCAGCGCGCUCGCCUACGAUGAGAAUUUCGCGCAGCCGAAGGAGCUCACCAAAGCGGACAUCAACCGUGUCGUGCGAGCGUUCGCAGACGGCGCGAGGCGUUCCCUCCGUGCCGGUUUCGACGUGAUCGAGAUCCACUCUGCACACGGAUACCUCCUGAGCGAGUUCCUCGCGCCCUCGGCGAACAAGCGCACGGACGAGUACGGCGGCAGCUUCGAGAACCGCAUACGUGUGCUUGUCGAGGUUGUUGAUGCCAUCCGCGCUGUAAUCCCGCCCACCAUGCCUUUGUUCGUUCGACUCACUGCAGCUGACUGGUUACAUGCCGUGCUGCCCAACGAGUCGUGGACUGUGGAGGACACAGUGCGCCUCACGCCCAUUCUCGCAGAGCACGGCGUAGAUGUGCUCGACGUGUCGAGUGGCGGCAUAGACCCCCGCCAACAGUUUUCAUUGGCGGCCCUCCUCGACCAUGACGAUAAGGAGCGCAAGACGGCGGGCCUCUUUCAGGUGCCGCUCGCGCGCGCUGUGAAGCAGGCGCACGGCUCGAAGAUCUUCGUCAGUGCCGUCGGGGGUAUCACCAAUGGUCAUCUCGCCCAGGCCGUUCUCGACGAGGACUCGGCAGACGUGGUCUUCGUUGGUCGCUUUUUCCAGAAGAACCCUGGCCUUGUCUGGUCAUUCGCAGAAGACCUGGGCGUGGCGAUCAGACAGGCGCGGCAGAUCGAGUGGGGCUUCACUGGGCGCGCUGUUGGACAGAAGGCCACCACUUCUACAAAGGCGUGAAAUCUCUAUUUCGCGGUACGUAAUAGACAGAAAUUUACUAGAACGAUUGGUCAUUGUAUACCUGGGGGAUCGAAU